GGAAGAGAGACGGGUGGGAGAGAGGAGGCACACCCUCCCAGUAAUAAAAUUUCAUUUCAUUUCAUUUCGGAUAAGCAUCUUGUGCUUAGUUGUUGUCGUCGUCGUCAUUGUCGUUGUCGUUGUCGUUGUCGACGCCAACUCUCUCUCUCUCAAUUUAGUUGAACACUGAACUUGCAACGGAACGGAAGUUUCUAUAAUGCUUCUUGGAACUAUAUGCCUACUUCUGAUUCUUAUGGAAUCCACCGAUUUUUGUACAAGUCAAAUGCCAGGUCCACCACGUACACGUUAUGAACCCAAUUGGACCAGUCUGGAUCAGAGACCUUUGCCCCGUUGGUAUGAUGAGGCAAAGGUAGGCAUCUUUCUACACUAUGGUGUCUAUUCGGUGCCUAGUUUUGGUUCCGAAUGGUUUUGGACCAAUUGGCAGAAUCUACACAAUCCAGAGUAUAUACGAUUUAUGCAACGUAAUUAUAAACCAAAUUUCACUUAUCAACAAUUCGCCGAGGAAUUCACAGCCGAGCUAUUCAAUGCCACACAAUGGGCGUUGCUUUUUAGAGAUAGCGGAGCCAGAUAUGUUGUUUUGACAAGUAAACAUCAUGAUGGUUAUACCCUGUGGCCUUCAAAACAUAGUUUUGGCUGGAAUUCCAUGGAUGUUGGACCCAAACGGGAUAUAAUCAAGGAAUUAUCUGCUGCUGUGAGAGAAGUUAGCGAUUUGAAAUUUGGUUUAUACUAUUCACUCUUUGAAUGGUUCAAUCGUUUGUGGAUCGAUGAUAAGUUACAUUUGUUAAUGCAACAAAACUAUGUAAAUCAAAAAGUUCGACCCGAACAAAUGGAAUUGGUUGAACAAUAUUUACCUGAUGUCAUUUGGUCCGAUGGUGAUUGGGAAGCACCAGCCAAAUAUUGGAAAGCUGAGGAAUUCAUUGCCUGGCUCUAUAACGAUAGUCCUGUCAGGGACACGGUAGUUACGAAUGAUCGUUGGGGUUUCGGUACAGCUUGUCAGCAUGGAGAUUUCUACAAUUGUGCCGAUCGUUUCAAUCCUGGUGUCCUGCAGACCCAUAAAUGGGAGAAUGCAUUCACCUUGGAUCGCACUAGUUGGGGUCAGAGAUUCGAUGUGACCUUGUCGGAUUUUAUGAGCUCCAGAGAUGUUAUUAAAGAAAUUGUCAGCACUGUGAGUUGUAAUGGCAAUGUCCUAAUCAAUGUGGGACCCACCAAAUAUGGCACCAUCCUACCAAUCUUUGAGGAACGUUUACGUGAUAUGGGCCGUUGGUUAAAAAUCAAUGGCGAGGGCAUCUAUGGCAGUAUUCCGUGGAUCUAUCAAAACGAUACCAUAACCCCGAACGUUUGGUAUACAACGAAACGGCAUUCGACUGACACAAAGACUACCAUCAUCUAUGCCUUUGUCCUCAACUAUCCAUAUGAUGACAAUGAAUUGGACAUUUAUCCCCUUGGCAAGGAUAUACACAUUUUUCAAAAUAUUCUUCUAACUGGUCUCGAUAUUGGCGAAAAUAAUCAAAUCUUUAACAAAUCAAACACUCAAAUAAUAAUGCUUGGCAUGGAGGAUACCAAAAUUACGUGGACAUCGAAGGAUAAUAAAUUACAUAUUGUAUUUCCACCUAAAAAUCAUAUAGACAAACGAGGAUUGGACUAUGCUUGGACAUUUAAAAUAACUAUUAACUCAUAAGUAUUAUUUUAACUAACUCAAUAUUUUAAAUUGAUUUAUGCCAGAAUAAAUGAAUCAAAUGCAACAAUCGUCA